GUGGGCGGCCGGGCCCGAGCGCCCCGGGGCGCGGCCCGACGGCAUGAAGGACCUGGACGCCAUCAAGCUGUUCGUGGGCCAGAUCCCGCGCAACCUGGACGAGCAGGACCUGAAGCCGCUCUUCGAGCAGUUCGGACGCAUCUACGAGCUCACGGUGCUAAAGGACCCGCACACCGGCGUGCACAAAGGCUGUGCCUUCCUCACCUACUGUGCCAGGGAUUCUGCCAUCAAAGCUCAGACUGCCCUGCACGAACAGAAGACCUUGCCGGGGAUGGCUCGGCCGAUCCAGGUGAAGCCGGCGGACAGCGAGAGCCGCGGAGGUAGGGACCGGAAGCUGUUUGUGGGGAUGCUGAACAAACAGCAGUCGGAAGAGGACGUGCUGCGGCUCUUUCAGCCCUUCGGGGUCAUCGACGAGUGCACGGUGCUCCGCGGCCCCGACGGCAGCAGCAAAGGCUGUGCCUUUGUGAAGUUCUCCUCCCACACAGAGGCCCAAGCUGCCAUCCACGCCCUUCAUGGCAGCCAGACCAUGCCGGGAGCUUCCUCUAGCCUGGUGGUCAAGUUUGCCGACACGGACAAGGAGCGGACAUUGCGGCGUAUGCAGCAGAUGGUGGGCCAGCUGGGCAUCUUGACGCCGUCCCUCACCCUGCCCUUCAGCCCCUACAGUGCCUACGCCCAGGCUCUCAUGCAGCAGCAGACGACAGUCCUGUCCACCUCCGGCAGCUACCUGAGCCCCGGCGUGGCCUUCUCACCCUGUCAUAUCCAGCAGUUUGGCGCUGUCAGCCUUAAUGGACUGCCUGCCACGCCCAUUGCCCCUGCCUCUGGGCUGCACUCACCCCCACUGCUCAGCACUGCCGCCGUUCCUGGCCUCGUGGCACCCAUCACCAACGGCUUUGCUGGGGUUCUGCCAUUCCCUGGUGGCCAUCCUGCCCUAGAGACUGUGUAUGCCAAUGGCCUUGUGCCCUACCCAGCUCAGAGCCCCACGGUGGCCGAGACGCUGCACCCUGCCUUUUCCGGAGUCCAGCAGUACACAGCCAUGUACCCCACCACAGCGAUCACUCCCAUCGCACACAGCGUCCCCCAGCCGCCGCCCCUCCUGCAGCAGCAGCAGCGAGAAGGUCCCGAAGGCUGUAACCUGUUUAUCUACCACCUCCCCCAGGAGUUUGGAGACUCGGAGCUGACGCAGAUGUUCCUGCCCUUCGGCAAUAUCAUCUCCUCCAAGGUGUUUAUGGACCGGGCCACCAACCAGAGCAAGUGUUUCGGAUUCGUGAGCUUUGACAAUCCCGCCAGCGCACAGACCGCCAUCCAGGCCAUGAACGGCUUUCAGAUUGGUAUGAAGAGACUCAAGGUUCAGCUGAAGAGGCCCAAAGACCCAGGACACCCGUACUGACCAUGCCCACAGCCACCCCGAACCGUGGGUACGGCCCAGGUGAGCCGCCAGGCGGCCCCAUGCCCUGUCCCAUCCCGGGUUUCACCUAACCCCCUCCCAGCCCACACUCACUCCCUAAUUCCUUGGGGGCCGGAGCAGUGCUCCAAGAGGCUGCCUGGGGAUAAAGAUCCUUCCCCUGUAACCUUGGCUGGGUGGAGUAGAGGGUGGCAUUGGGGUGGGAGGUGAGGAGAAGCCAGGAGCUCUCACCAAAAGGGCUUCCAGGAGAAGGCUUUGAAGGAUGACUAGAAGUUCACAGGAGAGGAGGGAAUGUGGGUCUGUGGUGUAGGAUGUGUUGGGUGGGGUUUCUAUUCCAUCCAGUGAAUAUAUUCUCCUGGCUGAGAAGCCUGAAACCAGAGAAAAGAUAUUCAAUGCACCCCAGACCCUAAGGCUGGAUCCCAGAUGCCUAACCCAGCUUGGAACAGAACUGAAGUGGAGGAGGUAGGGACAGUGCCAUCCUGUCCCCCCAUCUCCAUCCUCACCAGCUGCAGUCAACCCUCAGCUUGCUUCUGUCUUCUAAUUCAUGACCAACUGGUUAAGAUCAUGGUGGGAGGGAACCCAAACAUCCAAACAACAAAAUACCCCAAAGGUUGUUUUCCUCAUCAAAGCCAAACAACUCUAUCAGCAAAUUUAACAACUGAAUCAUCAAUGAGAGCCACUCUGAGAGUUCAUGCCAAACUCUAGGGUCAUCUGUGAAAUGGGCUCAUGGGGCAGUGACAGACCAGAGCCACUCAUGAUUGUCCAAGUUUCCUCAGCACAGAACCUGCCCCUACAGAGCUCUGAUGAACUCAUCCUGAUUUGUUCUUUUUAAAAAUCACAAUCCUGCCAACCCUGCAAGAAAUGUGCUGGUGACCAAGGCCAGCACUGGUGGACACAGCAGGGAUGGGACAAA